AUGGCCGCCAAGGGCCCCAAACAAACUCCUGAGGAGGCCGCUGCUCCCCAGCCACCUGAAAUCGCCGUCGAGUCCGUCGAGUCCCUCUCCACCGCGUCCCUCGUCGACGUCGACAUGCCCAGCGUGCACACGGUCCCCCACGACUUCAUGGACCAGGAUGUCAAGACCUCCACCCAGGCCGCCCGCAUCGAGCGCGAGGAAGAGGAGCAGAAGGCCCGCGCCGAGGCCGACCUGGCCAAGAAGAAGGCCGCCAGCAAGGCUCGCAAGGCCGACUCGUGGCUGAAGCGCCAGUUCUCCUCCCUCAGCGACGGCAGCGCCUCUGCCCUCGCCAUCUCCAACCUCGUCGGCGUCGUCGGCCUCAGCACAUUCCUCGGCUACAAGGCCUGGGGUCUGUACGACCGCGGUCGCCUGUCGUGGCAGAACGUCGGCCUGGGAGUCGGCAUCCUGGGCGUCGUCGGCCUCGCCGAGGGCAUCUUUGGAAGCUACCUCUACAAGACCAAGGGCAAGAAAUGA